UGUCGCUAGUGCUGCUUUUCUAAGUCAUGGCGGAUUUUUUCAUUAAUUUAUAGAUUUGCCGUCAAUUUGUGGGUAGAUUUAUUAUAAUCGGCGUCGAAAUAAUUGAAGCUCGCUCUGUUUGUACGUCGAGAGUUAAGCGACAAGCACGUUAUACUGAACUCAAUACAAUUUGCAGCAAUCGCCAUCGACAUAUUAAAAAAAGACGUUUGACGGAUCGUCUCGAAUUUCGCUGGGAUAGUAAAUAAAAUAAAUUUAUUAUAUUUCGACGUCCAGACAAAUAUACCGUCUAGCAUGACACAAUAGCCGGCCAUAAACCCUAGACGUCAUCAAAUUAACUGCCGGAAAAUAGUUACCGAGCCAUAAUGAAUGAAGGUGCUCCACUGGUGUAUGGUAGCUGUGGCUACGAGGGUGGAGUGUACAUGGUAGCUGGGCAAAUAGACCGUAGUCGCUACCCAGUGGAGGCGCUGGGUGUGGGGCGCUCAGGUCAUGGGACUCCUCGCCGAUGGCCACGCAAGGAACGCUCAGUCAAACCAGAGAAUACUGCAUUUUCAUAUGACUCGGAUGAUUCCAGCCAGUCCAGCAGCGCCUCCGGAUCAAAUAAAUCAAGUGAAAAAGGUGAGGUGCCCGUCCGUGGUGAGGGUCGUGAGUGGCGCGGCCGGGGUCGCCGGGAGCCCCGCCAGCGUCGUAUAGCGCCCGAGCGCUACCUGGCCGCCUCUUACCCCUUCCAGGUGAAGUUCACACCAGACAACCUCCUCAACGGUUCGGAGUGGGACACGCUGUCUCAGGAGAUAUGGGACAAGUUCGUAAAGUCCCAGCAGACGGAGGAGACGUUCAGGAAGAAGAUGAACCUGUGGCGCUACCUGUACAUCAGCAUCAAAUCGAUGUUCCCGCGAUACGGGUUGUACGUGGUGGGCUCCACCAUGUCGGGCUUCGGGCUGGACUCGUCCGACAUGGACCUCUGUCUGCACGUGCGGGCGCUGGCCGAGCUCGAGCCCCGCGCGCACGCCCUGCUGCAUCUCAACUACAUACUCAGCCACAUCAGGAGCUUCGACCCCGGUGCGGAAUUAAUUCAGGCGAAGGUCCCCAUACUGAAGUUCCGCGACGAAAGAAACGGACUCCAAGUGGACUUGAACUGUAACAACGUGGUCGGCAUCAGGAACACCAACCUACUGUACUGUUACUCCAGGAUGGACUGGCGCGUCCGGCCGCUGGUGGCCAUCACGAAGCUGUGGGCGCGCGCUCACCGCAUCAACGACGCCAGGAGACGCACGCUGUCCUCGUACGCGCUCACACUCAUGGUCAUUCACUUCCUGCAAUGCGGGACCAGUCCGGCGGUGUUGUGUCGCGCGGGCGAGGCCAGGUCGCGGGCUCAGAACAGGUGCUCGCUGGGGGAGCUGUUCCUCAACCUGCUCAAGUACUAUGCUGAGUUCCCGUACGAGCAGAUGGCGGUGUCGGUGCGCGCAGCUCGCCGCGUGCCCGUGUGGGAGUGUCGCGCGCGGGCCGCCGCCGCCCCGCCGCAUCACUCGCCCGCACAUUGGAAACUGCUCUGUGUGGAGGAGCCGUUCGACCUGACCAACACGGCGCGGUCGGUGUACGACCCGGAGACGUUCGAACAGAUCGUGAGCACCUUCAGGUCCAGCUACACGAGGCUGGCGCGGGGGCUGCGACUCAGAGACGCCUGGCCGCAGCGAUGAUACUCACUGUGUGUGUGUGUGUGUGUGUGUGGCCACUGACGCCUGGUGGAAACACUUACGAGCGAGACGGUCGGACUGUUGUAUGGAUCCAUUAACUAAUAUAUUUUUGAAAAGUCGACAUGAGUGAGUGCUAUAUGAAACGAUGAGCUAGGAGACGGUCCCAAACAGAGCCGGUACAUAGUGAGUUAGUUCACGGGCUGUGACAUGUGACUGGACCAAGGAACACGACGAGAUAUAGCAUGACGCAUGGGACUCAGCUCGGAAAUUACAAGUGACCACGAAUGCAGCUCAAUACCGUCUGAGGGACACUCGCCGGCCGCUAUGUAUGAGGUCCGCUCAGGCGGGCGGCUCAGCUGCAUUAGUCAUCGCCUAGUCAGUAUGCCCUCGCACGGCAUCACACUUGAUAAAUUUAGUUCCUCACAUACGAUACGAGUCCACUACAUUAAGGCCAUAUUGUUUUAUAUUUAUAACGAAUGCCACUAUGUUACUGAUAUGUUUACACCCCAUAGUGCCAUAUUGUCCAACACGUUAUCUUCGACCAUCACACGUCCCGGGACCUGGGUCGAGUCCGGCGGCGACCCCUCGCGCCCGUCAGUUGUCGCGCAACACUUAUGUAAUGCAAAGUCGCUUCGAAGCCGCGAUACUGACGAGUCGCUUCGCUGCGGAUGACCUUCAGCCGACCCGUGUGAUGUUCGUUGUCCGAGCGGCCUCGGUGCGUCCCGUUCCUUUUUAAAUAUUUAUAUUGUUUAUUUAUAAGUUAUUUAAUGUAAAUAGUGAAAAUGGAGAAAGCAAAAAAAAAAAAUAUUGGGAUAUUUUAGGAUUUUAUUGUACGCUUUAUGUAUAUAGUGUGUGGUGAGUAAAGAGUAAAUGACAAAAAAUGCUUCGAAGCCGUGUUCGAGUGAGGCUUAGUGCCUGGCGUCCUUGGGUCGGUUGAGUCGGCUUGGUAGGGCUGUCGGUCGGCGACGCAUCUUCGGGGCAUGAGCCGUACAAAUACUAUGAGAGAGUCCGUGUCCCGGACAUGUCUAGUUAAAUUCCAGUUUUAAUGUCAAAGGGUGCUAAUUAUACGUUAAACCUAGGAUAGACGUUGUCAGCGAUGACAAAUGAUAUGGUGCUAUAUUUUGGGUUGCCUUAACUGUGAAGUAGUCAGCUUGCGUGUUACACUGUGACGCUCGACCCGGGGGUUCCUGGAGGUUGAGGUUAAAUAUGGGAGAUGCAUAUCUUAUGAUUAUAACUGAAGAUUGUACAAUUGUUAUAUCUUAGCUUUGAGGAAUUCUUUAUGAGACGUUGUUAACAUGUACACCAACCGAGAACGUCGGACCAUAGCUAGACACUGCGAGCUGCUGCAGACCUAACAAUAGCUACGUGAUAGGUUUCAAAUCUGGUCUUAGUUAAAGUUUGGAAUAAAUCGAGACGCCCCCUCAUGACUCGAUAACCAUCGCAUGGGACAGACUCUUUGCCUGGCGAAUAUAUAGGGAUUAUUAAUAUAAGUUUUAUAUCGAUUUUAUGUAUGAAACACUUUGCUGAGCUGAAUAUUAAAGUACAAUAAUUAAUUAUUAAAAAUGAAUAAUCGUAAGAAAACUGUUUGUAUAGUGUCUCAAAAAAACUGUUAAUUUGAAAAAAAAUUAUAUAUAAAAAACAAAAAGUUUAAAAAGAAAUUAUCAAAAAAAAAUCAUUAAAAAAAAAUAAAAAAAAAUAUGUAAAAAUCCAAAAAAAUAUAUACAAAAAGAAAAUUUUUACUUUGACUUUUAUCAGGGUCCCAAUGAUAUCAUGCAUGUAUUGUAUUUGCUUCCAUCUUAAAUCCUCAGGAAGUUUGAGAUCAUUUUUGAUGAGUUUUAAUAUGAUGGCUUUGCAUUUGUCACUUGUUUUACACAUAUAGCAUUUCAAACCAACUAUAUAUUAUAUAUAAAUAUAUAUCAUAUGUAUCUAUGUAUUUUAUCCGUGCCAUAUUUUUUUUAACAGCAUUGUCUUUUUAUUAUAUUUUUAAUCGAAAUUAAAUAGAACGCAAUUUAAUGUCAAUAGCAAUGAAAUAGUUUUUUUUUUCACGAAAUCAUUUUUAACUGUAAUUCAGACUCGUAAUGAAUAUGUUUUUCUUUGAACAUGAACUGGCUUCUGACCAAAGCGAUUAACUCAAAAUUUAAAAAGCCUUAUACAGACUUGAAACAGUUCCGGGUUGUCACUGCCAGGUUGGUGUGCAUUACGGAAUUAGGCAGGUUCUACACUGUGUCAUUUUCGAUGUUUCUUAUGUUUUUGCUAAAACAUUUCAAUGAAACUUCUAUAAUAUGUAUGAAACCGUUUGUUGUUCAUUGAAGUAAAAUGCAAUAUGAGGACUGUAAUGUGUUUAUUGCGUUCUGAAAUGUACACAUUUGGUUUAAUAAUAACAGGCGACAUUUGUCUAGCUAUUACCCCGCGGAAUGUUCCCAUUACAAUACACACCGGGUCGUCUGUUUAUUAUGUGCGUAUUAUGUAUGACCGAUCCGUUUCAUCUCGGUUGUGUCUGGACUGAACACUUGUUGCAUUUUAUUUGUCUGAACAUGAACAACUAUGUACAAAGAAAUUAUUGUAAAAGUUGAACAAUAAAUUAUAUACAAACUGCCAA